AUGCAUCUCAAAGCCCUCCUCAGUGUGGCAUCAGCCCUGUCCUUGGCCACGAUUGCUGCGGCUGGAGAUGCGCAUUCCAACCUAGACUGGUAUGGACCCAAACAGACACAUACGCAAGUGUGCGGGCAUCCUGGAGAUGAUCACGUCGAAAAUUGUGACGACUUUUACAACGAUGUCCGCGACGAACUGCACAAGAAAGUUAUGGGUACUUGCAAGGAAACGUCAUGCUCCGGAUCCUUCGAGCACUUCAAGUUCCAAGUCAAUGUGGAUGCUGUAUUCCCCCCCGAAGCUAAGGGAGAGUUCGACAAGCAAAUGGGCAACAUUAUUGGCAAAAUGUUCACGCACGAAAACCAGAAGGGCAUUGGCCCAGAGCCCAUUGAGACCAAAUUCACUGUUCCGAGCAAGCUGAUCCUCAACCGAUUCGGUGACGGCAACGAGAAGGGCCACUUGGAGAUGACCGUCACCGUGAAUGACGAAGAUGGCUUGUGCGAGCUAUUCCAGAAGCUUGCAACCGCUGGUAGCAUUAUUCCCGAGGUUGGGCCAUUCUUUGGGCUCAUAAACAUUGCCGAUUGUUAG